CAUACCCUGGUCUGAUGGCUCAUUUGCAGAGCCACCAGAGGGCACUUGUGAAAUAUGGAGGUUAUAAUGUUUAUAAAUGCCAUCUCAAAUGUGUGGCCAGCAGCCAUUAUCACUGUGGCCCAAGAAUCAUUGGGAGAAAGGAGAUGUUUAUUAGUCACUUUAAAAACUGCUGCACUGAACAUCCAACUACGUUGGCGGCGGCCCCAGCAACCACAACGACUCCUCCAGUGAUGGCCCCGACGGCCGCUCCAGUGAUGGCCCCGACGGCCGCUCCAGUGAUGGCCCCGACGGCCGCUCCAGUGAUGGCCCCGACGGCCGCUCCAGUGAUGGCCCAGACGGCCGCUCCAGGGGCUCUGGAGGUCCGACCUGACAGGUUGUCCGACCUGACCUGCUUGUGUUGGGAGUUUUUGGUGUAA